AUGGCACAAAAAUAAAAAAUAAAUGAGGAUAUGUGCCAUUAAAAAUUUAUUCAGACUUCAGAGUCAAUUCCCUUGUUUGCUUCUUUCACUGGAAAUUUCUUGCUGGUUCAAUGGCGCCCUCUGCAUCUCUUCCUUCAUCAGUUGAAUCAUCAUCAUUAUCAUCCGCUCGUCCGCGGAAGUAUCAUGUGUUUUUGAGUUUCUCAGCUUUCCUCUCUGAUCUUUCCUUUCGGAAUCGUCCAGAAAAUGGCGUCGAGCUACCGAGCGAGAUAAGAAGAAAAAAUGUGGGAUCUGAAUGAGCCUCCUAAUCAGGGACGCGUGGAGGACGACGGCACCACCUCGGCCGACGGCAACGGAAAAAGUGGCUGCAAGAUAUUCGGGGUCUGGUUCACGGACAUUGCUGAUUCGCAACCCGUGACCCGACAGUUCUUCCCGGUAGAUGUAUCCUCCGAAAUGAAACUCACGCCUGGAGGUGGUGUUGCCGCCGGGCCGGUUGCUUCUUCCUCUUCUUCAUCAUCACCUGUUCAGUGGAAGUAUGAUUCACCUGUUCAGUGGAAGUAUGAUGUGUUCUUGAGUUUCAGGGGUCCAGACACUCGAAGGAGUAUCACCUCUUAUCUAUACUAUCGACUGAAGAGGAGGGGAAUUAAAACAUUCAUGGAUGAUCCAGAUCUUCAAGUAGGGGAUGUGAUUUCUCCCGCUCUCCUAAAGGCAGUUGAAGGAUCAAGGUUUGCAAUUGUUGUUCUGUCGGAAAACUAUGCUCAUUCUACUUGGUGUUUGGAGGAACUUACAAAGAUUUGUGAGUGCAUGGAAGGAAGCAAAAGAAUUUUUCCACUUUUUUAUAAGGUGGAACCAUCUGAUGUACGGUACCGAACGAAGAGUUUCGGAGAAGCUUUUAAUAAGCAUGCAAGCCAUGGGCGACACACAUUACAGAAUGUGCGGCGGUGGAAUGAUGCUUUAAACAAAGUGGCCAGUUUCUCUGGGUGGCAUACAAAGAAUUAUAAGACUGAUAGAGAACUUGUAGACGCAAUUGUGGAUUUUGUGUGCAAAAAAAUACAACCUAUUGACACUGAGUUUACAAUGUCUUCCGGAGAUUUUGAAGCAUAUGAAGCAACAAGAAAAGCCAUAGAUGAGGUUAUGAAGGCGCUAAAAGAUAAAGAUGACGAGGUCACUGCCGAUGGUGUCUACGGCAUGGGAGGCGUCGGCAAGACAACAAUGGUAAAACACGUCGCUGCACAAUCCUGCAAAAAUGGGACUUCUCAUCAUGUGAUUAUGGCUGUUGUAUCCCAGAGCCCUGACUUGACAAAAAUUCAAAGCACAUUGGCGGGGCCGAGCGGGUUUUGUACUGCGAAUAGUAGUUGUACUGCAAGUGUCGGAAUUAAGGGAGUGCGGCCGCCAGGGCUGAAGCCACCACCGUCGAUGGUGAGGGUUCCGUUGAUUGACAAUGGAUGCUCGACUUGGGACAUUUUGAGGGACUUCGCUCCUGAAGAAGAGAGGGAGUCGUCGGAAAUGGUGCGGAGAAGGUUUGGUUCCUUUUCCUCGUCUUCUUCUGAUGAAGAAGUUGAAGAAGUAGAGGAUGUUGACUUUUCCAGCACUACCACAGAGUUUUCCAGUAUUUCUCCAUGUGGAGGGUUUUCGCCAGAUUGGAAGCCUAAGCUUAUUGUCACUAGUUGGGAAAAGGGUGAUUUGCUCGGCAGCGGCUCUUUUGGGUCUGUGUAUGAAGGAAUUUCUGAUGGCGGAUGCUUCAUUGCUGUCAAGGAAGUUUCCUUGCUUGAUCAAGGAAGCCUGGGGAGGCAAAGAGUUUUUCAACUUGAACAGGAGAUUGCUCUUCUGAGUCAGUUUGAACAUGAAAACAUAGUUCAGUAUUAUGGCACACAAAAGGAUGGAUCAAAGCUCUAUAUCUUUCUGGAACUUGUAACCAAAGGCUCCCUUCAAAAGCUAUAUCAAACGUACCAUCUUACAGAUUCGCAUGUCUCUGUAUACACUAGACAGAUCUUGCAAGGUCUGAAGUAUCUUCACGACCGAAAAGUGAUUCACAGGGACAUUAAAUGUGCAAAUCUUUUGGUGCAUGCUAAUGGAUCUGUGAAGCUUGCUGACUUUGGAUUGGCAAAGACUAUCAAAAUGAAAGAUAUAAAAUCUUGCCAAGGAACUGCAUACUGGAUGGCCCCUGAGGUUGUUAAUCGUAAGAGUCAAGGUUAUGGCCUUCCAGCUGAUAUAUGGAGUCUUGGAUGUACUGUGUUGGAGAUGUUAACUGGGAUGGUUCCAUACAGUAAUCUCGAAUGGAUGCAGGCAUUAUGGAAAAUUGGAAAGGGGGAGCCCCCUCCGGUUCCUGAUUCUCUUUCAAGAAGGGCACAAGAUUUCAUCCGUCUAUGCUUUCAACGUAAGCCAGAUAAUCGUCCCACUGCUGCUGAGCUUUUAAAACAUCCAUUUGUAAAGAAGCCAGAUAAUCGUCCCACUGCUGCUGAGCUUUUAAAACAUCCAUUUGUAAAGAAGCCCCUUAAUAGGAGUCUGGGUUUUAGAAAAAUAGAAACUGCAGAAGACUGGUGAAAGAAGAAAAACAAAGAAGGCAAAUUCUCAUUGAUUGUAAAAAGCAAGGAAUACAUGACUUAUAUUAGGGGUCAUCAUUUGGCCCUUCGGCCCUAAGCCCGACCCGGUCUUUGUAUUAGAGCGGGCCGGCCCGGCCUUUUCUAAAAUAGGGUAGGGUAAGGGCCAUGAAAAUGAAGCCCGGCCCGGCCCGUUUGAGCCUGCCUGAAUAAGCCCUAAUAAUUUUUUUUUUUCUAUUUUUUAAUUAUGUUUCUCUUUUUUCUAUAAUAUGCAAUUUAUCUCUUUCUUUUAAUUGAUUUCAUAAGUUUUGUUUUCUUUAAUUUCUAUUUUCUUUGUUACACAACAAUUAAUAUUGAGAGAUUUAUAUAGAUAGUUAA